AUGCGAAGGUCGAUUUUGCCAAAAACGCUGAUCCGGCACGCUCAUACGCAGUCUCCGAAAAGAACGGUGCCAAAGUUCAGUGGACGAGGCAAGUUCAAUCCUGAAACCCAGGAACACGACUAUGUGCAGGAGCACGACUACACUGUCACGCCGUACACCUACUCGUACCUGGCUUCAGACAACAUGGAGCAGUUUGAACGGUUUCCUUUGCUGUCAAAUUUGACACUGUACAAACGGAAAACCAGGCCUGUCAAGUCGAGAAUGCUUGCUCGGGACUUCAUCGACGACAGUUUGUACAACCCCCACUAUGGGUAUUUCGCGAAAACAGCCGAGAUUUUCAGUCCAGACUCACCCUUCCGAUUCAAGGAAAUGGCUAAUAUCGACGACUUUCUCGACGAGUGGUCCGAGGAGUACAAACGGGCUUCUGCAGACAAGGAUCUGAACGCUUCAGAAGUCGCCAAAAAUCAGCUAGACAAGCUGCUAGCCGAGAAACGGACGGCAAAAGUAAAUCGCCAAGUCUGGCAUACUCCCACAGAGCUGUUCCACCCUUAUUACGGACAAGCUUUGGCCAGAUACAUCGUAGGUCAGUUCAGAUCGCAGGCAGACCGGAGCGAGCUAGUGCUCUACGAGAUGGGUGCCGGUAACGGUACAUUGAUGGUGGAUAUUCUAGACUUUUUACGGGACAAUGAGCCGGAAAUUUAUGCCAAAACCCACUACAAUAUUAUUGAAAUCAGUGCGAGCCUGGCGUUGAAGCAAAACGUACACAGUGCUGGUCACCGUGAUCGCGUAACAGUUACGAACCAGUCGGUUUUUGAGUGGUCCAAACGCGAUGAGCGGCCGUGCUUUUUUAUUGCUCUGGAAGUCUGGGACAAUUUUGCUCAUGAUUGUAUCCGAUACGACAACACAACCAACCAACCGCACCAGGCAUAUGUGGUGGUCGAUGGCAACGGCGACUUUACUCAGGUCUACUCCGAUAGACUUGACAGCCUAGCCAGCCAGUUCUUCAGUCUCCGUGAAAAAAUCAACUAUAAGCCCACUCUCCAGCUAGGUAUCCACCCCUUGCAAAAGCCUCGCUUGUUACGCCAGUUGAAAAACUCGGUUUACUCUUUCCAUGGCAACCUGAGCUCUCCCGAAUAUAUCCCCACGCGAUACUUGCAGUUUCUGAAUGUCUUAAAUGCCAAGUUUCCCAACCACAAGCUACUUGCGUCUGACUUUACCAACUUUGAUGAACACAUCUCGGGAUACUGUGCUCCAGUUAUUCAAACGUUCAUGGAGGGCAUGCCGAUCACAAUUCCAACCUAUAUGGCUUUACAGGGCUUUUUCGAUAUCAUGUUUCCUACCGAUUUCACUUUUGCUGCACAGCUUUAUGAGCAGGUGUGCAAUCGUAAAGCAAUUGCGACCUCGCAUGGUGAUUUUUUGAAGAACUGGGCAAGCAAAGAAACCUCUACUCGAACCGGUGAAGACCCCAUGCUGUCUUUUUACCGCAAUACUGCAUUUUUAACGUCGUAG